AUGACAAGUGAAAAUGUUGUCCACAAUAAUGUCAUUAAGUCGGCUAUAGUCCUACCCACACUGUACCUGAGAGCUAUAGUCCUACCCACACUGUACCUGAGAGCUAUAGUCCUACCCACACUGUACCUGAGAGCUAUAGCCCUACCCACACUGUACCUGAGAGCUAUUGUCCUACCCACACUGUACCUGAGAGCUAUAGCCCUACCCACACUGUACCUGAGCGCUAUAGUCCCACCCACACUGUACCUGAGAGCUAUAGCCCCACCCACACUGUACCUGAGAGCUAUAGUCCUACCCACACUGUACCUGAGAGCUAUAGCCCUACCCACACUGUACCUGAGCGCUAUAGUCCCACCCACACUGUACCUGAGAGCUAUAGUCCUACCCACACUGUACCUGAGAGCUAUAGUCCCACCCACACUGUACCUGAGAGCUAUAGUCCCACCCACACUGUACCUGAGAGCUAUAGUCCUACCCACACUGUACCUGAGAUCUAUAGUCCUACCCACACUGUACCUGAGAUCUAUAGUCCCACCCACACUGUACCUGAGAGCUAUAGUCCUACCCACACUGUACCUGAGAUCUAUAGUCCUACCCACACUGUACCUGAGAGCUAUAGUCCCACCCACACUGUACCUGAGAGCUAUAGUCCUACCCACACUGUACCUGAGAGCUAUAGUCCCACCCACACUGUACCUGAGAGCUAUAGUCCUACCCACACUGUACCUGAGAUCUAUAGUCCUACCCACACUGUACCUGAGAGCUAUAGCCCUACCCACACUGUACCUGAGAGCUAUAGUCCCACCCACACUGUACCUGAGAGCUAUAGACCUACCCACACUGUACCUGAGAGCUAUAGUCCUACCCACACUGUACCUGAGAGCUAUAGUCCCACCCACACUGUACCUGAGAUCUAUAGUCCCACCCACACUGUACCUGAGAGCUAUAGUCCCACCCACACUGUACCUGAGAUCUAUAGUCCCACCCACACUGUACCUGAGAGCUAUAGUCCCACCCACACUGUACCUGAGAGCUAUAGUCCCACCCACACUGUACCUGAGAGAUAGAUUCCCACCCACACUGUACCUGAGAGCUAUAGUCCUACCCACACUGUACCUGAGAGCUAUAGUCCUACCCACACUGUACCUGAGAGCUAUAGUCCCACCCACACUGUACCUGAGAUCUAUAGUCCCACCCACACUGUACCUGAGAUCUAUAGUCCCACCCACACUGUACCUGAGAGCUAUAGUCCCACCCACACUGUACCUGAGAGCUAUAGUCCCACCCACACUGUACCUGAGAGCUAUAGUCCCACCCACACUGUACCUGAGAGCUAUAGUCCCACCCACACUGUGCCUGAGAGCUAUAGUCCCACCCACACUGUACCUGAGAGCUAUAGUCCUACCCACACUGUACCUGAGAGCUAUAGUCCUACUCACACUGUACCUGAGAGCUAUAGUCCCACCCACACUGUACCUGAGAUCUAUAGUCCCACCCACACUGUACCUGAGUGCUAUAGUCCCACCCACACUGUACCUGGGAGCUAUAGUCCCACCCACACUGUACCUGAGAGCUAUAGUCCUACCCACACUGUACCUGAGAGCUAUAGUCCUACCCACACUGUACCUGAGAGCUAUAGUCCUACCCACACUGUACCUGAGAGCUAUAGUCCCACCCACACUGUACCUGAGAUCUAUAGUCCCACCCACACUGUACCUGAGAGCUAUAGUCCCACCCACACUGUACCUGAGAUCUAUAGUCCCACCCACACUGUACCUGAGAUCUAUAGUCCCACCCACACUGUACCUGAGAGCUAUAGUCCCACCCACACUGUAA